ACUCGCAACGAAUUUACGAAUGAGUACAUUUGUACUCAAGAGAUUGCGGGGGAAUAUAGAACGAAACCAUCCAUACAAGCCACGUAAACUAUCACCAAGGCAACGCAGAUUCAUUUGAAAAUGAGUGUUAAGAACAUGAAGCGUCUGCCCAUGCGCAAAUGGCUGAUGCAAAAACUCGACAACGCGGCAUAUCCGGGGCUAAACUGGAUUGACAGGAGGCGUGGCUUAUUCCGCGUUGGCUGGAAACACGGAUCGCGACAGACUUACAAAGAAGAGCGCGACGCAUGCGUGUUUAGAGCCUGGGCCGAGUACACUGGACGGUAUAGACCAGGAGAUGUCCGAAAUCCGAGAAGAUGGAAGACGAACUUCCGGUGCGCGAUGAAUGCACUUCCGGAUAUUGAAGAGGUACCGGAGAAGAGUCGAAAGCAGGGCAAUGGGGCACGUAAGGUGUACAUGAUGAAGGACGAAGUGAGAAAAACCAUCAAUCAAAAGAAAGUAGAGAGAGUGGAGACUAAAGAACAUGUGGACGAUGAUGAUUGCCCGAGUGAUAGUGAAAUCGUUAAGAUCGUCGAUGAAAUAAGCGCAAUGAAUGAGGUCGCUGUUACUAGUCCUGUUGACGUGAUGUAUACGUGCGAUCUUGCGUCAUUGCAGGACCUGAAGCUAUUCUGUCCUAGUGAUCUAAAGCCUAUCUCGUGCAUGCUUGAUAAGGGUCUAUCAGCGGAUUCAUUUGCUUCUUUCUUCGCACCCUAUCUCGCCCAGAGCGAGGUUCAAAUCAAGUCGUGAGUGACAAGUAGCACGCCUCGAGCAGGGGACACAGUUACGCAUGAGGGUUGGAUGGAAUAACCUUGAACACAAGCGGCAU